AUGUCGAGCCUUCAGAAGCAACAUAUCCGCUCUACCCAAUUGAUAGGCCAUAUUACUCUCGUUCUGUUGAAGGGUAACGCUCUGCGUGCGUAUGAAUAUUGGAUACAUUUGCAUCGUUCCCUAUCGCACACAAUGACCAAACUCACGUUGAUAUUCGCCAUUCUGGCGCCCACUCCCUCGACUAUCGAUAUAUGCGGCUUUGUGAUGAUGCUUACUUCAACAACUGUGCUUGGCAGUACAACGUUCCUACCGGAAAGUGCCUUAACACUGGUGCUGGCUAUGGCUGGAAUAGAUUCCACAACGAUGCUGUGA